UGUCAAUUGAAAGUAUAGUACCUAGAUGAAAUCCUGUAGUCCUGAUUAUAAUCUUUUGACCUUUUAUUAUAGUAAUGUAUCGAUAUUGGAUCGAUCUAAAGUGUCUCAUCACUAAGCAAUUGACAGAGAGCAUUAUGUGAGCAUAGAGUAAUUUUCUAGUCCAAUGUGACAGCGACGUAGUAGUACAUACAUAGUACAUAUACAUUUACCUAAGUCGUACACAAUACAUAUCAAUCUUUUGCUGUAAUAUUCUAAAACGAAACAUCGGGUGUUCAUUUUGUGUAGUGUUUAGUAGUAAGUGUUAGUGCAUCGGCUGGCGCGUCGCGUCAGUGCUGGUCGCGCGAUGUUCUUGGGUCGGCGCUGGUGAAAGUGCGCGAGGGAGCGCUCGCGAGGAUGGGCGUGGGCCUGCAGCCGCUGGAGUUCACGGAGUGCCUGGCGGACAGCCCGCACUUCCGCGAGAACCUGCAGCGCCACGAGAAGGAGCUCGAGCGCACCAGUCAGCAGAUCAAGCGCCUCAUCAAGGAGGUCAAGGAUGUGGUGCAGGCCGCCAAACGGCUGGGCGCGGCGCAGUUGGCGCUGGCGAGCAGCAUGGAGCAGUUCGAGUUCGCGUGCAUCGGCGCCUCCACCACGGAGGACGAGCGAGUGAUCGGCCGCUCGCUGCACCACUUCGCGCAGCUCAUCCGCACCGUCGAGGACGAGCGCGAGCGCAUGGUGAGUGUCGUCCUGCGCAGGGCUGAGUGCGGCGAGCGGCAUGGAGCAGUUCGAGUUCGCGUGCAUCGGCGCCUCCACCACGGAGGACGAGCGAGUGAUCGGCCGCUCGCUGCACCACUUCGCGCAGCUCAUCCGCACCGUCGAGGACGAGCGCGAGCGCAUGGUGAGUGUCGUCCUGCGCAGGGCUGAGUGCG